GGUUUGUGCUCGUCGCGGUCGGCAAGGCGGUUUUCUCCCAUCUCCCGUGAAUCGGGAGCGCGGAUUUCAUGGUUUGAUCGCAGAGAAGAAAAUUCGCGCGUUGCCAGCAGAUUUAGUGAUGCCCUGGACGAAGGCAGACCAGCUCUAUCGCUCCGCCAUCGCCUGCUUUGGGGGGAAGUCGGGAUUCAAGCGAGCAAGGAACCAGACGGUGCUGUAUGGCUCCUCCACUCGCGCGUCGACAUGGAGGUUCUACUCCUUCUCCUCGAUUUUCCUUCGCCAAUUUCACGCCAGCGCCGCGCUAGAGAAGGCGGCGAGGCUUGAGACGGUGUCCAAUGCGAGGCGGGCGGCGUUUUUGAUACACUCGUGGAAGAGCUGGAAGCAACGAAGGCACCUCUUUCUUCUCCACUCUCCGGAAGCCAAGUUUUGCUACUGGAAGCCAGCUUUUUUUGUUGGUUUGGGAAACCACAAAGGUCAGAUGAUAGUCAGGUGGAUGGCUUUUACACUCGGGAGUGCUCCUUUUCUCUUCAAAGGAGCGGCAAUGGCCGAGGAGGCAAAUGGUGGAAUGAAGUGGCCUUUUGGAAGCCUGUAUGAUCAUCCUCCACCCACGGGUCUGUCUUUAAGCCACACGGAUUUGCAGCUCAAGAAGGCCACCUUCCGGCAAAAGACAGUUGAAGCAGUGUUGCUCUUCUUCCGCACGCUGUACCUGUUUGCUCUCUUCACUCCAGCGUUAGUGCUAUCGAUGUUCGCAGCGGACAAGCCUGACUCGAGGUUGCGUGCUGCGUGGUUGUAUGUGCUUUUGAGAACUUUAGAGUAUGCUGGCCCUGCUUUCAUCAAAUGGGGACAAUGGGCCGCCACUCGUCCUGAUAUGUUUCCAGCGGACAUAUGCCAGCAGCUAUCAAAGCUACAUUCGCAGGCACCUGCCCAUACGUUUUAUGAAACACGUAAAAUCAUUGAGAAGGCGUUCCAUUUACCUUUAGAUCGUCUGUUUGAGGAGUUCUCUGAGAAACCAAUAGCAUCUGGAAGCAUAGCACAGGUGCACAAAGCGGUUUUGAGAACCAAAGGUCAAAAGCCACUUGUAGUUGCCGUUAAGGUCCGGCAUCCGCGUGUGAGCACGGUUAUUCAGCGCGACUUCGUGAUAAUGAAUUGGUUAGCCCGAAUGUCGACCAAGUUUUCUUCGUUAGAACACUUGCAGCUAGAUAAAACCGUCCAGCAAUUCGCGACGUUCAUGACAAAACAGGUAGAUUUGACUCUUGAGGCAGCACAUUUGAUGAGGUUCAUAUACAAUUUUCGGCAAUGGCGAAAUGUUUCUUUUCCACGGCCUAUUUAUCCACUUGUGCAUCCCGAAGUUUUAGUUGAGACAUUUGAGGAAGGCCGGAGCAUCCAAGAUUUUAUCGACGAAGGUCCACGGACGAAACUACAUUCUCAGUUGGCCAGGCUUGGGAGUAGUCUACUUUUGAAGAUGUUGUUGUCAGAUAAUUUCAUUCAUGGUGAUCUCCAUCCUGGCAAUAUGUUCGUAAAGCUGGGUAAAAAGGUUCCUCAAUUGAUACUAUUAGAUGUGGGAAUGACAGCCGAGCUAAGUCAAAGAAACCGGUACAUUCUUCUGGAACUGUUUAAGGCACUCUCCGAUAAAGAUGGAGCUCGAGUUGCACGCUGCGCACUUGAGUUUUCAGAGGAUCAAACGUGUACCAAUCCAGAGGCUUUCGUAGGCGAUGUCGACAAUACCUUCAAGCAAUACUUGUCAGUUCGAGGUACUUCGAAGAUGGGUGAUUACAUAGCAGAGCUGUUUGAGCAAGUGAGAAGGUACCGCGUCAACCUCGAUGGUGAGGUGUGCACGGUAAUGGUGACGGUAGUCAUUCUCGAGGGUUGGCAACGUAAGUUGGACAUGUCUCUGGACAUAAUGCGAAUGGUCAAGGAGCUCCUUUUCAAAGCUGAAUGGACUGCCUCCUUUGAAUAUGUAAUGGGUGCCAUCGCUGCUCCAUAGCCAAAAUUUUGUCCUAAGUAAAAAGGUGCCGAGUCCCACACGCCUCGACGAAAGUCCUUGCGCCGUUGGACUUUUAGCAGGAAA